UACUGUAUGCGGAGUGGACAACAACGCAACAACGAUCGGAGUCCGGGUCCAAGUCAGUCGAGUUUUGAACACGAACGCGGUCACAAUGUCCACGGAGCGAAACUCAAGUCCGCUGAUCCCAUUGGUAAUCGCAGGCACCCUGCUUUCGAUUUUGUUCGGUCAGGUGAGCGGAUAUUCGGGCCUGAUACCGCCGGAUGCAGCUAAUCCGGGCAAAUGUAUUUACCGCGGAGACAUCCUGGAGCUGGGCGUCAACAAUAACAAUGGCAUUUCGCCCUGCCAGCAACUGACCUGCCACAAGGAUGGCUCAAUACUUAUCGAGGGAUGUGGUAAGCUGCGGAUCGAGAACUGCAAUCGCGGAGAACGCAUAUCCCCGGGCGAACCCUUUCCGGAGUGCUGCAAAUUGAGAUACAAGUGCAAGGAGAUCGGGGUGGCGCCCUACUACAUCGAGCGGAAUGCGGCGGAGAAGGUCUAGGACUUACCCGGAAUUAGCCACCGGAAUGGACCCACCAAAGCCAAGGACGCCUUUAAUCUCUCCUAGAUGCAACCUAGAACGCAUACAUAUGUAUAAUCAUUAAUUUGCUAAUUUAUUUGUUAACGAGUAUUUCUCAAUAGGCAUUUGAUUUGAUUUUUUUUUUUUAAAUUGGUGUUUUUUUGUGGGUGGCUUUCACGUAUGCCUUUUAGCCAACUCGCUACUUGGCGCCGUUAGUGAAACUGUUCUGCGCCGGGCCAAAAGAAAUUGUUUAAUUACUGGGCCAACCCGCUCAUAAACAGCAAUUAAGGCGAAACACGCCCCUUAAGUGGUCCUCAAGUGGCAGCAAUACCCGUAGCAGCAGCACUACACCGACAAAAAUGCUACGAAUAUGUCAACGGUGUAUCGGUUUUUUUUGAGUUCCCCAAUUCAUGAUUUGGAAUAGAGUAAUUUAGAAAAUAUCUUUUUUAUAUUCUCACAUUGUUAUAAUGCUUAGAAAUUUUUGUAGGUCGCAUGUUCCUUAUCUUUAUCUAUUUAAGACAACUAAUUUUUGUUUAACUGUAAAUAGUUUAGCGCAGUCUCGGUGUGCCUUUUGAAUAUUAAAGUACCACGGAUAUUGAUUGAAUACUAUUAGCUAGAUUUGUUUAAGCAGACAGGUAAUAUUACACGAACAAUUGUAUUUAUUAUUUUUGUCGAUAUUCUCUAUUUGCUAAAAUGUUCUUAAAUAGAAAUUUAGAUUUAUAUUUAUAACAACUCUUUGACAAUUUUUGAUGACAGUUUAUAAUAAAUAUAUAUAUAUGAUA